UUCCGUAAAUGAACUGUCACAUAGAAUAGCUAAUGAUUUUGUCAAUAAAAUUACCAGUAAUUGGCAGGGGAAAUCAAACUUUCGCUAUUUUUUUAGAAUAAAUAUACCACUCCAUUCUAGGUUGCCUAAAAAAUUUAACCCUUGCAUUCUGACUGUUGUAAGAGACCACCUCCUGUAAGCGCCCACCAAGGGUUUGCAUUUUGGAUGGUCGCUUACGGGAGGUUCGACUGUAUCUACCUCUUAUUUUCAACUGAACUCUCUUGGAAUACCUUUUAUCUGUUUUUUUAGGAUAGUAUCAGACAGGACCUUGAAGAAGGUAUGUUUAUGGCAUGCAAAAAAAUAUGCAUAGAAUCGGGCUUGAAAUAAUUGCUGGAGAGGCUUCGGACAUGAUGACUGGCCAAAUUCAUUUUAGUGCAGUCACGUAUAGUUUCUGGCUGGUCAAAUUUAUAAGAUAAAUAACUCAUUUCAAACAAGGGCCGAUGAACCAAAACUGGUGUCAUAUAUGUCCAUUAAAAAGUUGUUGCCUGACUAGUGAAAGUGAAAAUAUUUUUAAUUUUGUGACCGAAAGUGUGUGAACCCCGAUGUCUGUUUCAAUACGUGAAUUGUAAACAAUGGUUAUAGUUGCAUUUCCCCCAGGAUUUCAGAUCAAAGUUCUGCAAUACACAGUGACUUGCUAUAUACUGAUAACAACUGAAACAACUGAACAGCAUGGAAAUUUUAAUUUGUUUCACUUCAAUACAAUCGAAUGUGACCAGUCAACAUGACCGGAAAAAGGUUGACCAGUCAACUCACCGAUCAGUCCGGACAUUGUCCGUUGGCCGGCUGUUAUUUCGAGCCAGAGAAUUGUUGGAAGAAUGCUGUGUAAUAGGCCCUUUGCAUCUAGAGUCAUUCACAUGGUACAAAACCACCAUGCAGGAGAGGAAGGGACACAUUAGAGAAAUUUUGUUUGUCUUGUCCCGGAGCAUCCAUCGCUCCCAAGUAUGUCUAGCUAGUAGCUGCAAACUUAAGGGCCUAUUCCUGGGAAUGCUUUAUUUUGAGGAAGUUGUGUUCUUUUAUUGCCUACUGGGAGAAUUUUUUUUGAAACAACAUGAAAUAUAGGGUUGAAAUAUUUUGUAAGGACAUUUUGUUUUGUCCCCAUGGUCUAUUAUCUGGUUACAAUCAUUGUUUUUAUAGUCCUGUACUGGUAGAGCCAUAUUCACCUGUAAAAUUUCCAUUGAUUGAACUAUCAUUUUAAGACAUUAAUGACUGUACAUACAUUUGUACUAGUGCAUGGCUUUACCUAACAUUUUUUAUACCAAUCAUUGUUUUCACUGUUCUCAGUUUUCAAUCGGGAUGUUAUUGAAGCCAAACGAAUGUGCCAACCACAGCCAACACCAACAAUUCAACCUGACAGUACUGAGGACUGGGAGUCUGGUAUUUGAUACUUUUAUUUGAAGUUUUACAUUCUCAGGAAUGAAACAAAAAAUAAACCAACAAAAAGCCUCAACUAGCCUAAAGAUCAUUAUCUUUCACCCGACAUAAUGCAAAUGAGCAAGAACCAUUCUUCAAAGGUGUAAAUUAAACAUAUAUAUGCAUUAUUGAUCAGUUAUUUUUGUGUUUUUAUGGACCAAGAUAAAGCUGAGGUCAACAAAAGUAAAAAAAAGCGAGAGAACAAGGCUAAAUAUCUACCCAUCUUAACCAAGUGGUCAAUACUGUAUUUAUCACGAUCUUUGUCAAGAAAACCUUUUUUUUGCAGGACCAAAACUGGAGAAGGCAAGAUAUACCCAUCUUGGCCACCUGGAUAUCCAACCAGAACAAGGGAAUUGCUUAAUAUUGCCUCUUAUAGAACCAGCAAUAUAAUAAUAUUAAGUGCUGUUUCAUUUUCAGAGGCUGUUAGUGAACCCUUUUCAAUAGCAAGAUCUGAACCAUCUAAUGAACAAGAAGAUGCCUAUGAUAUUGUACAAGCUAUGCAAGAGGUUCAGCUUCAAGCACACGCUGCUCCUUCUAGACCAGUUGAUGCCUCAGGGUGAGUAACAACAGUCAUAUAAUAAUGUGCGGUCCCACUUACUUUGUCAAAUGUAGGCAAACGCUGGUGGAGUUGAAUUCAUAAGGACGAUAUCCAAAUUCAGUAACAGAAAUAUAAUUUAGUCCUUGCUUGUUUACUUUCCCCAUAAAUCUCUGAAUUAGGCAUUUUCACAUUGUAGUUAGGCAAAGACAGCAAAGACGUGUACCAAAAAGUGUGAUGCCCAUGUUAGGUUGUUGUUUUGCUCAUUAAACCUAUACUUUUUUAAUGUUCUCAUUGCCAUCGUGUUGUUGGGUCUUUAAGUUCCUAUUAUUUCCUGUGAAACAAAAGGAAGUGAUUUCACUGGACGUUUUGAUGUAAGCGUCAUGUGAAUGCACAUGUUCAAUGGAAGGGCAUGUGAUGAAAGGGUUGCUUCGGAGUGGUUUCUCUCCUUUUGUAGCAUUAUGUCUGGCCUGGAGAAACCACUACCCACAGGGUUAAGAAAGGUUGAUUUGGGAAAGGACGUACGAGGGCAGACAUGAUGGUGACACCCCUGACUUGACCUGCCAAUCUGUCCUAGACAAUUCAUGACUGACAAACUUUAUCAUCGUAUGGUAAAAUCCAGAUAGUACAGUGGAACUAUCAUUUAAUCAUAAGGCUAACCACGUUUGGGGAGUGGUGCUUGAUUGUUUACCUUCCCGAGGAAAAACUGUUAUCCACUUGGACAGCAUUAUUAUUGAAAAUAAUCUUUUUGGUGGGAGUGAAAUUUUUCAGAUAUGGGGAAAGGGAUGUCCCUAAACGUGACACUUCCAGUUAAAAUUCCUUACCCUGAAAAAUGCCUUUUGCAUCUUUUUGGGCACAAGUGAUGGUCUAAUGUAAUAGGGGAUUUUGAAGUUUUGAAUUGAGUGGCACAUAAAGGUAUUUUUCAUUUCAUGAAGCUGUAUUACUAGUCAUCAAUAAUUUCUAGCGACCUUCAAUAGCUUUUUUGAGAUUACUUUAACUACAAAGGGCUUUUUCAAUUUAGUUUAACAGCAACACAGAAGAAGAACCUAAAACGUUCUCAAAAACGGCAAGAGAAAAGGGAAGCUGAAGAGUAAGUGUGCCUUGCUACUAAUAAUGUUAUCUGUUUCAUUGCAAACAGGCUCAGUUAUUAGCAACAAUAAACAAUAAUACAAUUGUAAUAAUAAUUAGCAAUUUUUUUUUAUUAUUGAAUGAGGCUGAGUAUCAUCUGAAGAAUUAUGGAGAUCUCAGAGGGUGUUAUCACCCUCUGAGAUCUCCAUAAUUCUUCAAAUGAUGCAAAAACCUCAUUUUCAAUAAUAUUGUUUAUUAUUCAUUCAAAAUAAUUCCUAGUUUAAAAACAAGCUAAAGAUGCUUACAGUUCAUCUAUUAAGUUCAUCUAUGAAUAGAGCAUCAUGUUUAUUUGCAAGUUUAGGAGAUAAAGAGUUGUUCAGUUCUGCAAAUAUUCUCCAAAUAGCAGAUGUCAUCCGUCAAGUAUGGUGACCAAGCAUUCUCACAAAGAAUUUGGCCAGAUUUGUGCUGCAACUUAAAAAAAAAUUGUCAACAAAAUAUAAAUAACAAAAGAAAUAAAUAUUUUUACAACCAAAAUAAUAAUAAUAAUAAUAAUAAUAAUAAAACCAUACCGAGAAAAUGAAAAUAAAAUGAAAUAAAUGCACUUGAGAAAACAACAAAAUAAUAGAAAAAUAUUGAAAAAAAUAUUGAAAUGGAAAAUGAAAAAAACCUGUGGGAACGACCAGCCGCUAAUCAUCUUUUACUUUGAUCACAGAUGUAAUGGGCUAUGAAAAUGGCAGGCUGUCAUCAAACAUUUUGUUUCCAUUUUGAAAAUGAAAUGUUCGAAGCCUGCCAAGCGUUCUCAUAGCCCGUCAUAUCUUUGACCAGCUGUCCUAUAAGGCCAAGGCCAUAGUCAGCAGUUUACGAGUUGGUCGAGUUAGUGCUGGUUACUGCACUUUUGAUUCAGCAAUUUGUUUUAUUGUUUUGUUUACUUCUUCAUCGCCUUGUCGUAAGGAUCAGUUUGUCGUUUUAUGAUUUUCCACCUGUGAUUCAGGACCAUUCAGAGGAUAAGAAGCAAAGCAAGUACGGUAGAACUCCAGGGAAACUAAAACCAGUUUGAGUUAGCGGGGAAUUUGAGUUAUCGGGGUAAAUUUUAGUGAAAUUUUGAUCAAGGGAAAUGAAAUUUAGUUUGAGUUAAAAGGGAGUUCGAGUUAUCGGAGUUUGAGUUAUUAAGGUUCUACCGUAGAGGCACAAUUCUCAAGAAUAUGUUGUCUCCCCAUCGGCAACAAGUUUGGAAAAAGCUGCACUGGCGCAUGAAAAGAUGUCAAAUAAAAGGAACAGAAAUGAAGCUAGUAUUUCAGACCUGGGGGCAGGGGUACUCCCUUAUAUAAGCCAUGUAGGUAUGUACUGCCCUAAAGGGUAGGGUUCUGCGUCGUUUUGGUGUGAAAUGGGUAUGGUUUUCCAGGGAUCUACUAGAGUGUAUAAACGUCUUUGUCGUUUCAAUUCCAAAUGAGGAAGAAAGAAAGAGAAAUGUGCGACUAUAAAAUGGAUUUUAAGAAAUCUUUUUUUGUUACUUUUCUAAUCUAAGUAACGAUGACAAAAUUUCUUGGAGGCCAGGUCUGAAAACAGGUAUGAAAAGUGCCAAUUUUUGGUCUGAACUAGGAUCAGGAAUUGGAGAACUGGGCAGCACACCUCCACCAGGAAUUGCCAGGAAUACCCCCCCAGGACUUCGCAGAAGUGAUCCACAACCGCACCGCAACAUCAGCGAACUUACUUUAUCUUUCCUAUGUGGUAUUUGGUUGAUAUUUGUGGCGAAAGGACCUUUGGUUGAGACCAAGGGUUGCUUGCUAUUGGGCUCUGAUGAGAGCCUUUGAAUGAUUAUCUCUUGCGGUACAGUCAUGGAUCACCAGCUUCAUUUCUGAUCCAUUUUUUGGACAUCUUUUUGUGCGGGUACAACUCAUUCCAAACUUAAUGCAGACAGGCAGGUAUACCUGCUCCACUUGUCUCGCUUCUAAUCCUCUGAACCCGUGGGGGGAAGAGGGGACUGAACAAAGUUUUGUACUGGGCUCUGCCCUGGGGACCAAACCUUUACCCCUUUUGUACACCUUUUAUAACUUUCCAUUGACAAAUGGUACCCCUUUCACAUACCUAGUGUAGAACUUUGCAUCCCGUUUAUCUGCUGUAAAAUGGUAUUCCUGACAGCGUAGUAUGACAGAACAGACAGAAAUGGCUAUUUCCCGGCACAGACCAGAGGACUGAGUUGGCUAGGAGGAAUUGUGGGUAGUUUCUCUGAGAUAUAUUUGGUUGUUCAUUGCAAAUUUGAAUCAAUCUAGGCCGGUAUUCAUUCAAUGUCUUAACUUUUAUUUCAUUUGUUAAUUUUGUUAUAUUUGUUUGUAGCAAUUUGGCAGUUGUUAGUUUCCAUGUAUCUCUAAUAAUAAUAAUAAUAAUAUACAGUAUUUAUAGAGCGCUAAUUCCCAAUGGUCCAAAAGCGCUUUACAUAAUGAAAAUAACAACAAAAUCCUAAACCAACAAAACUGCAUUGUCAUUCUAUAAAAAUUUCCAAUGGUCCAAAAGCGCUUCACAUAAUAAAAAUAACAACAAAAUCCUAAACCUACAAAACUACAAAACUACAUUGUCAUCCUAUAAAAACAUCAUCAUUCUAUGCGACAACAUCAUAACCAAUUUUAAAAAGCCAAGUCUUGAGCUUAGAUUUAAAAGAAGAAAGGGAAUUACAAGAUCUAAGUUCGAAUGGAAGUUCAUUCCAAACAGAAGGUGCAGCAAUAGUAAAAGACCGGCCACCAUAAGUUUUAAGAUGAAAUUUAGAUGUAGAAAGUAAAAAUUGAUUGGAGGAUCUAAGAAGUCUACCAGGUGUAUAAGGCUUGAUGAGAUCAGUGAUAUAGCUAGGUGCAGCACCAUGAAGCGCCUUAACUGUAAUUACUGCAAUUUUGAAAGUUAUCCUUUGUUCAAUUGGUAGCCAAUGAAGUUGAAUAAGCAACGGCGUAACAUGCUCAUAUCUACUAGUAAGGUGAAUAAGCCUAGCAGCACUAUUUAGGACACUCUGUAAACGUUUCAAGAUACAUUUAGGCUGACCGUAGAGCAAUGAGUUACAAUAGUCGAUCCUUGCAGUAACAAAGGCAUGAAUUAGAGUUUUACAUGUAUCGUAAGAAAGAAACUUGCGAAUCUUAAAAAUAUUGCGUAAAUGAAAAAACGAAGACUUGCAAACAGCAGUAACGUGCGGCAACAUCGAUAGAGAGUUAUUAAAAAUAACCCCAAUAUUUUUAGCAGUAGUUGAACAGUCAACAGUGUCAGAGGCAAUCACCAGGUUUUUUAACGCAGGACGUGGGCGAUAGGAGGAUGAAAAAACUAUAAUUUCAGUCUUCCCACUGUUCAGCUUCAGCUUGUUAUUUAACAUCCAAAGGUCAAUAUCUUUAACACAAUCUUCAAGAGCAGAUGUACAUGUUGACAAAUCCUCAGGCGAUGACGUUUCAAAAGAUAAAUAUAGCUGUGUAUCAUCAGCAUAAAAGUGAUAAGAUAGACCAUGAGAUCUUGCAAUGUCUUCACCACAGCUGAUUUCAGCAGGCGGGCUAUAUGUUCCCUUUUUCCCACAAAGUGGAAGUACUUAGUUUCUUUAGACUAUUUUUUUUUCGUCCUGUGUUAGUCCUUUUGGGCCUUUUUAUAGACUGAAAUGACAUAUUCCCUUACCCUUUCAUAUACUUGAACUAGUGAAAUCCCUACCUUUUUAUUUACCUGAAGCCUUAAAAAGGUACCCCUUUCGGGAAGAGCCUCCCUGUAUAAGCCAUAACAGGUAGUAACUGCCGGCCUCUAAAUCGCUGAAUUGAAAGCACAGUAACCAGCACCGACCGACUUUUAAACAUGGCCUGAUAGGGCUGCUGGUCAAAGAUAUGACGAGCCAUGAGAUCGGUUUUUCAUUUUUGAUUUCAACAAUUUUUUGAGGAUGAUCGGCCGGUCGUUCUCAUUGUUCUUUUCCAUUUUCUUUUCAAGAUGUUGUACACGAAUUAUUGGCCACGUUCUUCACGGCAAUUUGAAAGUUCAAAAUGCUUUUACAGUCGUAGUUUUUAAGGGUUUUUGCGUUUUGUUUUUCAAGUGCAUUUAUUUUAUUUUGUUGACACGUUUUGUUAUUCUCCUUUUGGUUGUAAAAAUAUUUUUUUCUAUUGUUAUUUACAUUUUGUUGACAAUAAAAUGUUUUUUUGAUAUUUUUUGGGUCGCGGCCAAAACUUUAAUCACACCAACACAAUACCGCCAUCUACGCAGGCUACCUGAGAGGCCCAUGAAAAUUAUUUCCCGCCCCUAUCCAAUUACUUGGCGGCCACUGCGUGAUCAGUCAAAAUUUUUGACAGAAAACUAUUAAAGCGUGGCAAAGUGCCAUACAUUUAUACCAUUAUAUAUCUGUUAUAAAGAUCAGCUAGGCUAUCUGAUAAUAGUAGAGCAGUGGAACAAUAAACCGACGAGAAACACACAGCAUUAAUCAUUUUUCGACAUUUUUAACCAAAGGCACGAUAAAUAAGAUGAAAACAACGUCAAAAAUGGAUAUUUUUGUAAAGAGUGCAUGCUGUCUAUUAUAAAAAGCUAAAUAUUAUUCUCUGAGAUUACAAAAUCACAACUGUAUACAACAGAUCACAGUGUACAUGGAAAAUGGCCACUGCUUUUUCCGCUUAAGAGUGGCAGCCGUUUUUAGAGCCGACAUGUCUUACUAAACGGACCUAAACUUCAGAACGUAAACUGUACCAAGAAGUCUUUCAGGGACACCCAAAGUCAAUUUUUGGAAAGUAUCUGUUCCGAAGACGAUUUGAGAUCUAGAAUUUUUGGAACAUUUGAUGUAAAAUUUCUUUCUUGCCUGUCUCUCCGAGGAUUUUCGAACAUCUAAAAAAUCAUGUAUAAUUGCCCCUUUUUAACGGAUUUUUACCCUAAAAGGGUCACCUAGAAUUUUCGGAAGCCUUAUUUCUGAUUGAAAUUUUCGAAAAGGUAAGUUUUGAUCCCUCUAACUUUCGAUUCACUAGACUUUCAGCUAGGAAAUCCGAACAGAUGAAAAAUUUUUAGGGGAUAGACAUUAUGCCUAUAUCUACCGUUUAAAUACUAAAAUACGUUUAACAAUGCUUUGUUGAAGUGGUUUAUAACUAUAUUCUCGUUGGGUGCCUCUGGUCUUUAUAGGAUGCAGUAAUGAGAUAUGAAAAUGGCACCUCAGGUCACCUCCGAACAAAUAAUAACAAUAGCGAAAGGUUUUUCAAAUUCAUACCCCUGGUAAGUGUUUCAUUUCGUCAAACCUGUCUAGGUUUUGAUGGUAUGCAUUCCAUCGACAACCAGCCCCCAAUUUCUUUUUAAACAAAGAAUAUUUCCUCUAAUCUUCAUUUCAACGAUUGGACAAAAUAAUCUUUUGUCUGUCGCUGCUUCUGCUAAUGCAUAUUUGAUGUCAAAUAGUUCCUUUGUGAACACCGUUUGAACACUCAAACUUUUCUUUUAGAUUACAGCCACAUAGUCCCAUUGAAGUGACCUCCAAGAUCUGAACUUCGAUUAUACAGUUGACUCCCGAUAACUCGAACCCUCGCUAACUCGAACCAAAAUUGAUUCCCCCUGGAUUUCCAUCAUACAUUUACUGUAACCUUACCCUCGGAAACUUGAACCCUCGAUAACUCAAACCUCCCGCUAUAACUCGAAGUAGUUUUUGUUACCCCUCAGAUCAUUUCUGUAUAAUUUUACCCUCAAUAACUCGAACCUUGUUUUGAGCCCGUAAAAAGUUGGGAAAAAAUUUCUGAAAAUUUUGAAUUUCCCAUUUACGUGUUGUAGUAUAGUUGACUAGUGGUCAAGGCUGAUGUUGUUUGUCACAAAUCUAAUGUGAAACAGCUUCACUUAUCAAAACAGUAAAACGCAUGCUCCAUUUAGGCUCCAUUUGUUUUUUCAUUACUCCCGGCUAUUUUCUUUGAGCUCCUGAUAACUCAAACUUUUUUCGAUUUCCCUUGACGGUUGGAGUUAUCAAGAGUCGACUGUACCAGUAAGUGGUGUAAUAAAAGACCUUAUGAUAUGGCUGAGUCUGUUUUCGCCAAGCGAUUGGUUAAUUUGCGGUCGGUAACUUGCUAUGCGGACCAAAAGUUUUAAAGAAAAUACUCAUUUCGGAGCUCUAAAUCUCUUUCCCUCGGAAAAAAGGUUUAAAUAAAAUUAUAAGACGGCUGUCAACCUAGAGGACUUAGAUGUUGACUUUGGCCUUCAACAUUUUAAACUGUGUUUAUUUGUGAACGAAGGCGGUGAAGAAACUAACUCGUAAACUUAUCGAAGAGGAUUCUAGUCAAAUGUUUGAAAAUUUUAUCGCAGUACACAGUUAAGAAGACGAAAAUUGCCUGGCAGAGAUUCGAGAUGUUUUGCCUAAGAGAAAUGAGUAAUUCCUUCGACAAAUAUGAUAACAAACAUACCUACACCCAAUCAUCUUGACAAGCUUCUUUGCCAUUUGCAGUGUUUUUUCAAAGACCGACGAAAGAAAGAUAGAAGCGAGUUUGAGCCAGACACAAUGUCCAGUUUUCAAAAGACUCCAGCGUCACACUAACGAGUGAAUACUUACAGUGCUCUUAGUUUUGACCAAAUAAACUUUAAAAUAUGUCUGUAAACCCCGAGGACUGGGAUGUUGACUUUGCCUUUCCAAAAUUUUAACCUAGCUUUGUUAUAAUGAGAACGAAGCUGAAGUAGAAACUGAAUUGUAACCUUACCGAGAAAGAGAAUUUUAGUCAGGGUUUGAAAAUUUUAACUCAGAUCACAACUGAAGAUGAGAGUGAACUGGCAGAAAGAGAGGUUUUCCCAAGAACAAUUAACAAGCGAAUCCUUCAAUGACAACAAACUUACUUUGAAAAGCUUCUUUGCCUGUUCCAGUGUUUUUUUUUUUUUUUACAAGGACAAAAGGAAGAAAGAUGGAAACGACUUCUAGACAGACACAGUGUCCGGUUUCCAAAAUACUCCAGCGUUGCAUUUAAGAGCUAAACUUACAGUGUUCUUAGUUUUCACUGAAUAAACUUUUUCAACAUGGCGAAUUUGUUUUUACUUUUUCGGAAACCCUUUGUUGUCUGCUAUUGUUUUCGUGCGCCAAUAAAAACUUUCUUUUUUGACGCUUGUCAAAUGCCUGUCAAAUUGUACGUCCUGCACUUGUUUCUGGUCCCCCAAACAGGAAGAAGCCAUAUAAUAAACAUUUUAUUAGCCUCGUUUUUUCGGUCCGUACUGUAAAUUACGGAUUCUCGUUUUUUCCAUUGAUUUAUGGCCCGCGCGCUUCGCGCAUGGGCCAUAAAUCGAUGGAAAAAAACUCGGUCUGUAAUUUACAGCACGGACCGAAAACUCGGCUAAUAAGAGGUUUUUAAUUGCCUUUUCCAUGUACUACAUGUUUACAAACGAUCUUGUGUUUUCUUUGAUUGACAGUUUUCUCGCCCAGCAUGAUUAUUUUUUUACCUCAGUAGAGCUCUCGACCAAUUGGGAAUGUCCGCACUUCCAGAAAGUGAGUUGAAAUGAUUUUCCUGGGCCACUAGGCAGGUGCUCCCUCUCCCCUCUCGUAUGUCUCCCUUACGCGUCCGUUCUUUCUUGCGCCAAUUUAAUACUUCCAAACACCUGCUACGCAGGCUAUUUUUUGUUUUUGAAAUCGCAGCACAAAUCUGGCCAAAUUUUUUGCGGAAUGCUCGGCCACCAUAUUCAAGUUGUUUUCUUACUGUUCUUGCUAUGUUUUUAGCCAAUAGUUCGUGAAAUGAUGGGAAUGUUCUGCCAUUUUGUGUUCACUACCAAAACAACUCAACCUCGUCCCUAGGUCUUCUCGGUUAACAGUUCAAUAAUCUGACAAUUUGGCUGCAUGAUUGAUUUCAUCAGUUCACAUAUCGCAAGAUUCUUCCAAAUUCGGUUGACUAGCCAAUCAUAAACGGAGAAAUAUUUUGAAUGAAUAUAAUAAUUUUGUUAUUAUUAUUAUUACUGUCCCACUAUGGAUAUAUUUAUGUUGUGGCUAUAUUUUAUCCUUCAUUUAAAUUUUAUUUUCCAUUGUCAUGGGGUAUGAUAAUGUAUGAUAAAAUGUUUCAAACAAAAGAGUGUGAAAUUUAAAACAAAGAUAUUCGCGCAGUCUUUGACUGUCGUUUCUCAUUCUUUGCUGCAAAACCACAUGGAAAUGCUUGCUAUGCAGGCUAUUUUAUCUGAUACUUUAUAUUUUCGGGGUUUCUAGAAAUACUCAAGAACCUCAGAUAACAGAUGAAGAAAGAAUACAGGCCAUUGCUACUCAGUAUGCUGUCCUUACAAACAAGACAUCAGGUAGAACAGCAGGGAUUGAAUUGUAUUUUCCUUAUUUCAAACUCAUUAUCUACCUCCUGUACUUACUUAUAAACAAAGGAAAAAUAAGGAGGAAGCAUGCCUGAGCCUUUAGGGCAUUGGGCUGUAAUCCAGGGGCUCCGAGUUCAAGUCCCGCCCUUACCACUAGCUCUUUUUUUUGUCAGUAGUCUUGAGUUCAAAUCUCUGGCAACGCUUGUAAAGUAGCCAACUGGUUUGCAUCCUACAGUAACAUUUAAAUUGAACUGCAGUAUGUAUGAUAAGAGAAAAGAUGCCCGUAAGUUUAAGCAACUGAGUAGCGGACAUGAAUAUCAAGGUAGUAUGUGUUCAAUUUGAGCUAUUCAGUAUUAUGGCAUCUUAUUAUGGACACUAACUUGAUGUUGCAAGUUGUCUGCAGUAGCAGUAGCUGACUGUGUUCCAAAGUAAGGGAAUUUUACCUAAAGGGUACAAACCUAGAUAAUAGGUCUGAACAUGUUGAACCACUUUUAAAAAUAAUAUUACGGGAUAAGAUAAACGGGUCUAUUAAAAAAGCGCAAAGUCACUAUAUCUACGUUGAUUCUCAAGUUUGUUUGUCUCCUAGGGCUAGGAGACCGGGAAUUGAAAAUCAUCCUAAAGUUAACCCCAAAUUACUUGAAAUCAAAUUAAUAUAACAAUAACAUUCUAUUAAGACUGUCAAUUGUGAUUACUUGUUAUGUUUUCACAAUUCCAGGCGGCUUUGCGGACUUCCUUACCAUCUUAAACCAAUAUUGCCAAAAAAGUCGAAUUAAUGUUCCCAAAUACAGUGAAGUACCUGGCGUGCUGGGUGGAUAUGGUGCACAGGUGUUUGUGAAAGGUCAGAUUUUCACCAACAUGAAGUACUGUGCUACGAAGAAAGAAGCAAAGCAUGAUGCUGCAAAGGUCGCUUUGCUUGGUCUCAACAUCCCUGUGGGUUAGUGUGAUCAAUACUUUAUGUGUUCUUAUGAAAGACCAAUAAUUAAAUGAAAUCAGAACUUUACCUACAGAUAAGGAUGAUGUUACAAGUUUUAAGAAGCUUUGUAAGGAGUUGGGGUUUUAUACCUGUGUUUAAUUUUUUUUAGUUAGGGAGUGCUUCUGAUUUGGAGAAAUUCAUGCAUGAAAACCUGUCCCUUUCAAAGGCUUGUUGUAGUAACUAUAGCUAAUAAUGCCUCUAUUUGACAUAAGUUGAGUCGAGAAAAGUUAAAUUGGCCACCAUAAAUAUUGU